GAUACCAUUGUUUUUUCAAUGUCCCCCACUGCGCGCUCAGCUGAACUUCACUCGAGUUCUCGAGCCACUCCCAAACACACCUGAUAACACCGAGCGACUCGAUCCGCCAUCAGCCUCCACAUUCAACUCACGGGGAAAACCGAAACUCCUCCUAAACACUUCGCCAACUCUUACAUUUAGCAUCCAGACGGGCUAUUUUAGGCCGGUUUUAGUGGAUUAUAUCUUUUGGCUUUUGUUUAGCCGCUGGGAGGGAUUAUAACACGCGAAAAAACUUUACCACAUCUUUUUAAAAGUCUCAUCCCUCCAUUUUGAGUCUGACAGGAAUUUCAACAGUUUGAAUGAUGACAAGCAUUAAUACAGCAAACAUCAACUUCAAAUGGGAUCCCAAGAGCCUGGAGAUCCGCACACUGGCUGUGGAAAGACUGCUGGAGCCCUUGGUUGCCCAGGUUACCACACUUGUGAACUCUAGCAACAAAGGACCAUCCAACAAGAAGAAGGGACGCUCCAAGAAGGCUCAUGUUCUAGCAGCCUCCGUGGAGACAGCCACCCAGAACUUCCUGGAGAAAGGCGAGAAGAUUGCUAAAGAGAGCCAGUUCUUAAAGGACGAGUUGACCGCAGCAGUCGAGGAUGUCCGCAAGCAAGGAGAAUCCAUGAAGUUGUCCUCAGGAGAGUUUGCAGAGGAUCCCUGUUCUUCAAUGAAGAGAGGCAACAUGGUCCGUGCUGCACGUGCCCUUCUUUCUGCUGUCACUCAUCUGCUUGUACUGGCGGACAUGGCUGAUGUUUACCAGCUUCUGCUUCAGCUCAAACUGGUUGAGGAGAGCCUGGUGAAGGUACGUAACGCUGGCACUGAGCAGGACCUGGGUAUCCAGUACAAAGCUCUGAAACCGGAGGUGGACAAACUGAACGUGAUGGCGGCCAAGAGGCAGCAGGAACUCAAGGACGUCCAUCACAAAGACCAAAUGGCGGCAGCUCGCGGUGUCCUUCAGAGGAACGUUCCCAUGCUGUACACAGCUUCGCGUGCCUGCCUGCAGCACCCAGAUGUGGCGGCAUACAAGGCCAACCGGGACCUCAUCUACAAGCAGCUGCAGCACGCUGUCUCCGGCAUAUCUAAUGCAGCACAGGCUACCAGCAGUGAGGACUCCAGCUUCUCCCAGUCUGCAGGUGGAGGAGAACUGGCCUACGCCCUCAACAGCUUUGAUAAGCAGAUCAUCGUGGAUCCACUGAGUUUUAGCGAGGAGAGGUUCCGGCCUUCUCUCGAGGAGCGUCUGGAGAGCAUCAUAAGUGGCGCAGCCCUCAUGGCCGAUUCCUCCUGCACUCGUGACGACCGGCGUGAGCGCAUCGUGGCUGAAUGCAACUCUGUGCGACAGGCGCUGCAGGAUCUGCUCUCAGAGUACAUGGGCAAUGCUGGACAUAAAGAGAAGAGCGAUGCCCUGAACACUGCCAUCGACAGGAUGACUAAGAAGACCCGUGACCUGCGCAGACAGCUGCGGAAGGCUGUGAUGGACCACGUGUCAGACUCUUUUCUGGAGACCAAUGUUCCACUGCUGGUAUUGAUCGAGGCUGCCAAGAAUGGUAAUGAAAAGGAGGUGAAGGAAUAUGCCCAAGUUUUCCGUGAGCACGCCAACAAACUGAUUGAGACUCCAGAGGAACUGGACGACUCUGACUUUGAGACAGAAGACUUUGAUUCUCGUAGCAGGACCAGUGUGCAGACAGAAGAUGAUCAGCUCAUCGCCGGACAGAGCGCUCGGGCCAUCAUGGCUCAGCUACCCCAAGAGCAGAAGGCGAAGAUUGCCGAGCAGGUGGCCAGUUUCCAGGAGGAGAAGAGCAAGCUGGACGCUGAGGUAUCCAAGUGGGAUGACAGCGGAAAUGACAUCAUUGUUUUGGCCAAGCAAAUGUGCAUGAUCAUGAUGGAGAUGACAGACUUCACCAGGGGGAAAGGACCACUCAAAAACACCUCUGAUGUGAUUAGUGCUGCAAAGAAGAUUGCCGAAGCGGGAUCAAGAAUGGACAAGCUGGGCCGCGCUAUUGCGGAUCAAUGUCCAGAUUCAGCUUGCAAGCAGGAUCUGUUGGCCUAUCUGCAGCGUAUCGCCCUGUACUGUCACCAGCUCAAUAUCUGCAGUAAAGUCAAAGCAGAGGUGCAGAAUCUGGGUGGAGAGCUUGUGGUGUCUGGGGUGGACAGCGCUAUGUCUCUGAUUCAGGCAGCCAAGAAUCUGAUGAAUUCUGUGGUGUCCACUGUGAAGGCCUCCUACGUGGCCUCCACCAAGUACCAGAAGUCUCAAGGAAUGCAAAACCUCAACAUGCCCGCCAUCUCCUGGAAGAUGAAAGCUCCCGAGAAAAAGCCGCUGGUCAAACGCGAGAAGCAAGAUGACGGUCAGACCAACAAAGUGAAGCGGUCCUCUCAAAAGAAGCACAUCAACCCUGUGCAGGCCCUGAGCGAGUUCAAAGCAAUGGAUAGUAUUUAAGCGGCCUUUACCGCAUUUCAGUAGAUUAUACUUCAGAAGUAGAUUGAGCCUUGAAAUCAGUCAGAUUUAGCAAGUACACAUUUUAAACGCGUUCCUGUACCUUAGUCCACAAUGUGCUUUUUUUUUUUUCCAUAAGCAGUGGCUAUGAGUGCACUAAGGUCUAUAAAGCAAAUGUUAUAUUUUUACACUUGAAUGCAUUCAUCUGCUCAAUCUUUACACAAGAUUUCUUCCUGAGGACAGGUAGGGGCAUACGUUAAAUUUCAGGCAUUGCCUCAGUUUAUAUGUACGUUUCCCCCUUUUCUAGAUGACUAUUGUAUAUUUUUUAAAACAUUUAAGUGUAUUUUACAAGAAGACUUUUAUAUAUUUCACACUAAGGGCUUUGAUAUUGCCCAUUACCAUGUGAUUUUUGUUUUUCCUUCCAUUCUUCAUGCCUAUGCAAACUCACUGUAACACUUGCAAUACUUGUUAUAUAAAAGAAAAAUAGGCUUUGAUUUAGUGUCAGUCUCGAGACCAAAGUCUUUGUAUUUUGCUGUGCCUAAUAAACUUUUUGAUAACUC